AACUCCAGAGACGCUGCAGAAGAGAAGAAGAGCCAUGCAAUGAGCGCGCUAUCCUGACCCAAGCCUCCGAUCCACAAACUCAAACCCUGUUUGCAUGCGUUUAAUCCACACAUUUAAGAAAAGGAAGCAGUGUACUCCUAUAAAUGUAGUUUUUCCAUUACUCUAUAGAAAGAUUUAAUAGCUUUUAUAAAGUUCUCCUCGGGUUGACUUCAGCACUGAGGAUGCGCAACAGAAUGACGGGAUUUUCUACACGGAAAAGAAGCGCUUUGGAUGGUUUUGUGUGUUUGUGUUUAAUUUCUUUGGCGUAUUCCUUCAACCUUGACUUACACCAUCCCGUGCUGUUUCGAGGACCAGAGGCGACGUUUUUUGGAUAUUCGGUCCUGGAGCACGUCCAUGACAACACACGCUGGAUUGUGGUUGGGGCUCCCAGAGCAAACUCAUCAUUCAGCAGUUCGGUUCAAUCUCCUGGAGCUGUGUACAAGUGCCGAAUCCACAACAACCCAGAGCAACGCUGCACUGAGAUGGACCUCGGCAGAGGAAAUAAGCAAAGGGAGUCCUGCGGGAAGACGUGUCAAGGCGACAGGAAUGAUGAGUGGAUGGGGGUCAGUCUGGCUCGACAGGACAAACCUAACGGCAAAAUUCUGGCCUGUGCUCACCGCUGGAAGAAUGUGUACUACGAAUCGGAGCAUAUCCUUCCUCACGGAUACUGCUCCGUCAUUCCAGCUACUCUACAGGGCAAGUCACAGCCUCUCAUACCGUGUUAUGAAGACCAUAAGAAGACCUAUGGGGAAGAGCACGGCUCGUGCCAAGCCGGGAUCGCAGGCGUUUUCACUGAGGAGCUGGUUAUCAUGGGUGCGCCUGGUUCUUAUUACUGGACCGGAACGGUCAAAGUGUUUAACAUGACAUCCAAUACUCACUACAACCUAAAUCAAGACAACCUGAGUCCUCCCAGAUACAGCUACCUCGGGUAUGCUGUGACAGCUGGUCACUUCUCCUCCCCGAAUACCACAGACGUGGCGGCUGGUGCUCCUCAAGACAGUGGUGGUGGAAAAGUUUACAUCUUCAGAAUCGAAGGAACGUCUCUUGUGAAGACCUUUCAAGCCUCAGGGAAAAUGAUGGGCUCUUACUUUGGCUCCUCAUUGUGUGCAGUUGACCUAAACGCGGACGGACUGUCGGACUUGCUGGUGGGAGCACCCAUGCACAGCGAGAUCCGGGAUGAAGGCCAGGUUUCUGUUUACCUCAGCAGUGGCAAUGGAGUGAUGGAGGAAGUCGCUAUACUGAAUGGUGAUAAUGCAUACAAUGCUCAUUUUGGAGAGUGUAUCACAUCUCUUGGGGACAUUGAUGACGAUGGCUACCAAGAUGUAGCGAUUGGAGCCCCCAAGGAGGAUGACUAUGGAGGUGCUGUCUACAUCUACCAUGGUGAUGCUACAGGAAUAGUUAACAAGUACUCAAUGAGAUUGUCCGGGCGAAGCAUCAACCCAUCCCUUCAAAUGUUCGGCCAGUCAAUUUCCGGCAAUGUAGACAUGGAUGGAAACGGAUAUCCAGAUGUGACGAUAGGGGCGUUCAUGGCUGACAGUGUGGUUUUGUUUAGAUCCAGGCCGGUGAUCUCUGUGGACGUCUCCAUCCUCCUGCCCGUGUCCAUUAACAUCACAGUACCACAGUGUCACGAAGGCCCUCAGCAUCUCAACUGCUUCAACGUCACCAUCUGCAUGAGCUUUCGAGGAAAACACAUUCCCGGCCACAUAGAGCUGCUGUACAAUCUAACCGCAGACUCAGAUAAGAGACACAGAGGUCUGCCGCCGCGGGUGUAUUUUGGAAACGGUGGCGAGCAGACAGUGGCUGUAAGUCAGCGUUUCAGCCUGGAGAUCAACCGACAGCAGUGCCAUCACUACACGUCCUUCGUGAGGAAAGAAGUGAAGGAUGUGUUUGCCGCCAUCGUGUUCGAAGCAGCCUACAGUUUAGGAAAACACAUUGUGGACGAACACCAGGACCGCGAGCUUCCCUCGCUCACUCCUAUUCUACGCUGGAAAAAAGGAGAGAAGAUCGCUGCAAAGAAUGAGACGUGGUUUGAGAAGAACUGUCUGUCAGAGGACUGCGCCGCUGACCUGAGGCUUCAUGGGAAACUGCUGCUUUCUGGGCGUUACAUCAGUUCUCAUCUGGCUCUCGGUGGAGUGAGAAACGUGUCUUUAAAUUUAACCAUCUCUAACGCUGGAGACGACGCCUACGACACCAACAUCUACUUCAACUUCUCCAGAGAGGUUCACUACAUCAACUUCUUACAAAGAGAUGAGAAGGGCAUUUCCUGUAUGCUGGUAGAGCUGGACUUCCUCAAGUGCAGCAUUGGAUUUCCUUUUAUGAGAGCACAAACCAAGUACCAUCUAUCGGUGCUUUUCGACACAAGUCGUCUGUCUGGUGAAAAUGAGACGCUGCUAUUUUUAGUUCAUGCAAGAAGUGCCAAUCCAGAACAUGAUAGCACACUUCACGAUAACACAUUGGAGUUGUCCAUACCGCUGGUACAUGAGGUGGACACAGCAAUCACAGGUGUGGUCUCCCCUACAUCAUUUGUGUAUGGAAACUCAGUGGAGCGAUCGCACUUUGUUCAGCUGGACGACAUGGAGUGCAGCUUUCAGCCGCUCAACUUCACCUUUCAGGUGAUAAACAAUGGGCCCAGCAGACUUCCAGGCUCCACGGUAAACAUCAGGAUACCCAACCGCAUGGCUGGUAACGGAGCAGAUAUGUUCCAUAUCAUUGACACACAAGUAUCAGAAGGUCGAGGGAACUGCACGUGGCAAAGAAACCCCAAACCCUGCACAGUCCCUCAGGACAAGGAGAGCAUCUUCCACACCAUUUUUGCUUUCUUCACCAAAUCUGGCAGAAAAGUUCUGGACUGUGACCGGCCUGGCAGAGCGUGUCUAACUAUUUCCUGCAGUCUGAGCUCUCAGGCUAAAGAAGAAGCCACGAGUAUAGAUGUGCAAAUGCUACUGAACACUGAAAUACUACAGAGGGACAGCUCCUCUGUGAUCCAGUUUGUGACACGAGGUCACGUCCUGCUGGACGACAGGGCCGUGGAGGUCUCGACCGGCCUUCCAGAGGACACUUCUCUGGUGUUCGAGGCUCUUCACAGUCAGGAGCCCAGGGGUUACGUGGUGGGAUGGAUCAUCGCCAUCAGCCUCCUCGUGGGAAUCCUCCUCUUCCUGCUGCUGGCCGUGCUGCUCUGGAAGAUGGGAUUCUUCAGGAGGCAUUACAGAGAGAUCAUAGAGGCCGAAAAGAACAGGAAGGACAGCGAUGAAAGCUGGGAUUGGGUCCAGAAGAGCCAGGAGAGCUUGGACUCGGUUCAGAAAAUCCAAUAAGCUGCUACCUUCACCACAGCUCUUUCCUAAAACCCAGAGCCUCCAGCCUUCCAUAUGUGGAAGAACAGAAUAUUCUCCAGAUUUUUCGGAGGUUUGACACUUUUUUUUGUAGUUGAUGGUGAUCUAGCUGAUGUUCGACCGUGUGGCCCGCCAGAAGAGACUCGCAGUGGAAUCCCAUUGAUCCCAAUGGGACAGGCCUCCUGCCAGUGGGUCUAAAGAGACGGAAAGAGAGACUUCCUGGAACGAAUGUGGAUAUCGUGUCAAUACUAGCAGACAAUUACAACCCUCAGGGCGCUGUUAAAAAGCAAAAAUCUAUUUUUUAUAAAAUGUAUUCCAUACUGUAUAGAAGAGAGCUUCAAGAGUUGUUUUUAAAGCACUGAUGACUGACACACGCCGAAGAGUUGAUGUUAUUCCUUCACCUCAGUUUUCAGAUGAACCUUGAAGAUGGAUUGUACCUCUUUAUCCCCUCAAGAUUUUAACUUACAAAGAAUCGAAGCAAAAGUUUGUGUCUUUCAUUCAGACAACUCAUGAAUUAUUAAAUGUUGCAUGAACAAAUGAGAAUGACAAAAGAUGCAAACCAAACAAAGCUGUUAUUGCUCAAGUUGUUAAAGGAAUAGUGAAAAUUUGCUGAAAAUGUGCUCACCCUGAGGCCAUCCAAGAUGUAGAUGAAUUUGUUUCUUCAUCAGAUUUGGAGAAAUUUAGCAUUUCAUCACUUACACACCAAUGGAUGCUCUGCAGUGAAUGGGUGCCAUCAAAAUGAGAGACCAAACAGAUUAUAAAAACAUCACAAUAAUGCACACAACUCCAUUAAAAGUUAAAAUGCCUUGAUGCAAUUUGGCGUGGUUUGGAUUAUUGUGAUUUUUAUUUUUUUUGGGACUCAUUCUGACGGCACCCAUUCACUGCAUAGCAAAGUGAUGCAAUGCUACAUUUCUCCAAAUCUGUUCUGAUUAAGAAACAAACUCCUCUACAUCUUGGAUGGCCUGAGGAUGAGUAUUUUCAGCCAAUUUUCAUUCGACUUCAGUUCAGCUUUACUUAAAACAGAAAGAGAGAACCUUAUAAGUUCUCAGCUCAAACCUGUUUAGUUAAAUAUAAGUGAAAUUCACAAGCUUAGAGUAUUAUUUGUACUGCACUGGAUUUUAACUCCACUGAAAGAAAGAUGCAUGUUAUUCAAAAGGAAAAGAUUUUGUUUUUAUAGUCUUUCACCAAAUAUAUUAACUUUCUCUUGACUAAAUCCUAUUUCACACAGAAAUGCUGAAAUCAUAUGUUGACUUCUGGUUGUCUAAAAUCUCAAAAUAAAAGCUAUUUUAUGAAACAUUAUGUAAGGGACACAUUCCAAGUAACGAAGUACAAUUCUACUGUAAGUAUAAAAACCCGUCUUACAGCAUGUUGUUAUUUUUUAACAGUAUACAUGACACCAUACCCCACCUUUCCUGCUUUUUUAACAAAUCCAAUAAGUUUCAUGAAGUUCAGACUGCACAGGCCCAGGUUUGCAGGACCUGAAGUGUGUAAUGGCCUAAAAAUAGGUGGGAAUGUGCAGUACCUCAUCACUGGGCACAAACUUUUGUCAACAUUUUGGAGUUCACUCAAGAGCAUAGCAUGAGCUGUUUACAGUCAGAUUUCACAUCCAUUCAGCCUUUAACUGCUCGAACAGAAACAGCACAGAACCUAAAUGUUUAAUCGAGUUUUCAGUAUAGAGCAUCUGGAAAAAAUAAUAACUUCAUUCAAUGAACUUGGUUGCUUGUUUUUUGCAUUUUCCUCUCAUUGUAGAAGCUUCAUGUGAAAGAAACCAUUUAUUUGGGUAUUAGAUGAUCUCUGGAAGAUUCUCCAAAACAAAUAUAGGCCUAUCUCUUAUUAUUUGAUCACUGACAAAACCACAUCUGCAUUUCAUUUCCGGCCCAACACCAGGUUCUUGCAUAGGUGUGUUUGAGAGACACAUACUUGACUUUGUACAUGUGUAUCCUAACUGUGAGUGUUGUUGCCAUUAUCACCUAUUUUGAGGAUUUUAGAAUAAACUACUGUCACUGUUUUAUAGAUGUAUUGAGAAAUAUGUUUGUUGUACAAGCUCGAGCUAUGUAUUUAUCUACUGAAACUGCUUUUUUAAAAUUAAAAAAAUCACAAACAGA